AUGAGAAUGUUAUCAAAUAUUUUCCUCCUUUUUGUUGGGAUAGUUCAUGCAGUCGAAGUCCUGGAGGAGUCUCUUGGAGGGCCAAUCUUUGACAACAGUGUUACAGCUAUUGGUAGAAGAUCAAGAAUUGAACGACAAGCAGAUGAUGUUGAGGGUUCGGGGCCGGUUGAUGAUUUCCAAUCUAAGAUCACAACAACCGUCGAAACGACACUGAAAACAGAAAUCGAGUUCGAUUCCGCCCUUGAAAACAAAACCUCCAGUGCAUACGCGGAGAAGAAAGAAGCUGUUCUUUCCGAAAUAACAUCAGUUUUCGACGAUGUUGCUGAAACGACUGACUCAGAAUACAAUCAAGAAGAAAUUGAUGUUACGUUUUCUGAAGCAAGCCGAACUCGCCGACAAACAGGCUCAUCGACGACAGAUGUGACUUUCUUGGUUCCCUUUGUUUCCAAAAGAACCGAAGUUCUCAGCGACGAUUUGCAAUCCAGCGUUCAGGCGACAGUUGAAAAAGAAGUGAAGGACGCUCUCACUCAAACAUUGGCCUCGGAAAACCUUGAUGGAGGAUCCGUUUUCGUCCCGGAUCAAGAAGUUGUGGCUGACUCCGUCGUCAAAGGAGAGAAGGUCGUUGAUCCAGAAUGGAACUCUGGAGCGCAGUUGCAAAUUUGCAACACACUUUUUAUCGCAACAGUUCUUUUGAAACUCUUCAACUAA